GAGGGGGAGUGCGGAGUCGGUCUCAUCCCCGCUCCUCGACGCCAACACCUGCCGACAGCGCGUUGAGAUGGCCGACCAUCCCACUACUCCCAACCCCGUGCAGACCCUGCAGGAGGAGGCGGUGUGCGCCAUCUGCCUCGAUUACUUCACGGACCCCGUGUCCAUCGGCUGCGGCCACAACUUCUGCCGAGGGUGUGUGACCCAGCUGUGGGGCAAGGAAGACGAGGACAGGGACGAAGAGGAAGGUGAAUGGGAGGAGGACGACGGCGGCCAGGCCGUGGGGGCCGUCGGUGGAUGGGACAGCUCCAUUCGAGAGGUCUUGUACCAGGAGAGUGCUGACGAGUUGUUCCAGGACCCAGAGGAGGACGAACCCUGGGUCGGAGACAGUGGCAUAAGGAACUGGGACCACGUGGACUACGUGUGGGACCCGGAAGAAGAGGAGGAAGACGGGGGCUAUUACCUGGAGGACCUGGGAAUUGACAUCUACGAAGAGGAGGAGGUACUGGAAGAAUAUGAGGAGGAAGAAGAGCUGUAUCCUGACACCCACCAGCCUCCUCCCCCGGCCCCUCCGGCCCCUCCGGCCCCUCCGCGGCAGUUCACCUGCCCCCAGUGCCGAAAGAGCUUUACAAGUCGCAGCUUUCGCCCCAACUUGCAGCUGGCCAACAUGGUCCAGGUGAUUCGCCAUAUGUGCCCCACUCCGUACUCAGCGAGCCUGGGGAAUGAUGAGGGUAUCUGCUCCAAACACCAAAAAGCCCUGAAGCUCUUCUGUGAGGUGGACAACGAGGCCAUCUGUGUGGUGUGCCUGGAGUCCAAGAGCCACCAGCAGCACAGCGUGGUGCCAUUGGAGGAGGUGGCGCAGGAGUACGCGCAAAGGAUGGAAUUUCUCAGCAGACCUGGCUUCAUAACCCAAGUGUGAGCAGGAAAUACUGUCUCCUCUUCAGCCCUCUUAUCUUGUGGUAAGCUAACCAGCUUCAAGGUUCCAUCUCAAUACAUUCUCCUGACCCUGGUUCAUAUGAAAUCCUCUUCCUGGUAAUAAACUCAGAA